ACCAAGAAAGGCAAGGAGAAAGCUACCCCUAAAUUCACAGCAAGGAAAGGAACAAAAAGAGCAUUAGUUGCAGAGCCUUCUUCAACUGCAGUCAAGCCCUCAACAAAAAGAAUUAAAAGGAUUAUAAAGAUUGAUGAAAAGGAGAGAGCCUUCCCAGCAAAGGACACUGCACGAUUUUCCAAUCGCUACUGUGAGCAGAUGUUCCCCAUUCUGGCAACUCGAAAUUACAACAAUGAACACCUUCUUAUCCUUCCGCCUCGUAUUGCUGAAUUUGUUGAGCCGCAAAUUGCACAAAGACAUUGGGGAUUCCUACAGAGACAGCCCCGACAGGUUAAUCUUUCUUGGGUAGUUGAGUUCUACUCCAACUUCCACCUGCCGACCUUGCAUUCUUUUUAUGUCCGUCAGAAGCAAAUCCCCGUUACAGAAGAGGCCAUUCAGCGAGCCUUCGAUCUUCCCCUUCUCCAGAAGGAUUGGACACAUUUCAAGAAGCCGCACUCAAGCGCCAGGCGUACAAAUUUGACUGGGACGCUGUUCUCAGAGUUAUCGCACAACCUGGCAGCAAAUGGAUUUUUGGAUACCAUCGUUCCCGUCCUAAAGGAAUAUCGGCUUCUGCACUCACCUUAGAGGCUCACGGAUGGGCACAGAUUAUGUCCCAUUACGUCUUCCCGAGCACUCAUGAGUCCUCCUUCACCGCAGACAUGGCCGUUCUACUAUGGUGCAUCCUCACAGACCAGCCUCUCAGUCUACCAAGUCACAUCAGGAAUGCUAUGGGACACGUGCAAAUUGCGGGCAACCUUCCUUUCCCCGCCUUGGUCUCUGAUCUUGUCUCAGCAGCCGGAGUAUCCUACAGAGCUGGGGACACCAAAGCCAUACUUCCACGGGAUGAUCAGUAUGUCCCUAACGGGAGAUAUCUCAGGCCACCACUUGCCACUAUCAGCCAGUCCACAGACGAUGCUGCAGACAUUCCACCAUCUACUAGUCAGCUGCUGCAUCAAAUACUGAAGAGGUUGGACCAACAAGACCAGAAAGCAAAGCUCCGAGAGCGCCGUAACCACCGCCGAUUCAAAUACCUCAAGGAGCUACUCACAGGCAACCACAUACUUGACGAGGACCCAGGCACUACGGACUCCACUUCUUUCACCAACACAGGGAGCCAUGACGGUCCUGACUGUGGAGAUACUGCCACCAGCCCACCCUUGUUCCUGACAGAAGGCACCGAGGAUGGUGCAAAGCCUUAAGUGUGGGGAGGUCGGUCAGUACCUGACUUCCGGAGGAACCUUCAUGACAGCAAGCUAGCUCACACUUCAAUGAAAAUGACACUAUGCAGCAAUUAUUUCAUGAGUUAUGCAUUUAAUCAGACACAUAUACCACCAUUAACUUCCAU